CAGACAGACAAAACCCACUUCCUUUUUACUCUCAAUUCCACACAUAACAAAAAGCUUUGCUAUUGAUGUUUCUCUCCAUUUUCAAUAGCCUCUCUCUCUGGUUCAAAGUCUGAUCCUUUUUUAGAAUUCAUAUUUGGAUUUCUAAAAAACAAAAAAAAAAAUACUUACUCUUUCUUAGUUAAAUUCAGAUUCUGGGUUCUUUUGGAGGAAACCCCUGGAACAAAAAGGGUAAAAAUUCUUGGUGUUUUCUGUUUUGGAGUAAGAGAAAAAGAAAAUGGGUCUUUUUCUCUCUAGAAAUAUUGCCAAUUUCAUUGUCUCUUCUAUCUCUUUGUCCGAGAAAUUUGUUGGGAAGUUAUCCCCUGGACAAUUUGAGAACAUGGUUUCUUUGGUUUCUCGGAAAGGAAGGCAUUUGCAGCGUUAUGAUAAUAAAGGUUGUCGCCAAGUUGUAGGAUGCAUUCCGUACAGAUUUAGGCAUGCCACGAAGUGUUCUUCAGUUGAGGAAUUAGAAGUACUUUUGAUUAGCUCACAAAAGAGUCAAGCAAUGAUGUUCCCAAAGGGAGGUUGGGAAAUUGAUGAAUCCAUGGAAGAGGCGGCUUUAAGAGAGACAAUAGAGGAAGCUGGUGUUCUUGGCAAAGUUGAGAACAAAUUAGGUAAAUGGCGUUAUAAAAGCAAAAGCCAGGGCACAACGCAUGAGGGACAUAUGUUUGCUCUGCUUGUCAAGCAGCAAUUGGAUCUUUGGCCUGAGCAAAAUGUCAGGAAACGUCGAUGGUUGACUGUUUCUGAAGCAAAAGAAGUAUGUCAACAUUCAUGGAUGAAGGAGGCCUUAGAUGAAUUAGUCCGUCGACAAAAGGACCUUCUACAACAAGUAAAAGAAAAAGAUGAAACCGUUUGUAAAUAGCUCAAACUGGUAAAUGGCCGUAGUCAUACUUUUGGAAUUAAUUUGCAAUAAGGAUGAAUCAAACGUAGGGGCAAAAGAAUUCGAGGGUCGUGAGAAAAUCUCAAUCUAGGAGUGAGGAAGCUGAAGAGAAAUUUCAUUUCUUGCCUCCAUUCAGGUGUUGACCUAAUCAGAAAAUUGAUUGGAAAAAAAAAAAAGACACCAUAGAUGGAAGGCUUAGAAAGAGGAUCUUGUAGAUGUAGAAAUUCUAUUCAUUCUUUCUAUUUAAUUGAUUUUUGUUUAUGAUUCUUUUCUGUAUUGACUCAGAGUUUUUUUGUUACCCCUUUCUAUGUUUGCAUGAAAUGCAAGUAGCACUCCACCUUGCAAAGUUGUGCAUGAAUGAAGUAUACAGAGAUUAAAGAAAUUUUAUUACUUA